AUGGAACAAAAAAUUGCUUACGCAAUGUUCAAAGGACGCGGAGAAGUUCCGGAGAUAUCAGUAGCAACACCGUCAACAUGGCCAACACAAUGGUCAAACCCGUUGAAUUUUUGCGCACUUCAGCAUUUUCCGGCAUUGCCAUAUCGGCCACAUCAUCCCGGCCAGGGUGUUUUCCCGUUUGCUGUGGGCUAUCCGAUGAGCACUUCUGUGAUGUACACAAAGCCACCAUUCUUCAGGAUAACUGAAGGCUUCCCAGCUGCAAAUCCUCCAAUAAUACAUGCAUACACGGAAAAUAUGACGCAUCCGGCACCUUCUUUCCCCUCAAGUGCCCUGGUACCAAUGCUACCACCACCAGCUCAAACAAAUCCGCUGGACUGUCGACGACGCGUCAGAACAUCCAACUCGAACGACGAAUUAGCUGAAGACUAG